AAUCCAAUCCACAAUGAAGCCAGUGAAGCCGUGAAGCGUUGGGCGGCUUGGGCAUAGUUUGGGUUUUUCACAGGGGUCUCGAAAUAUGGCACUGUUUCUACCGCUAAUAUCGCUUUAGCCCGAUGCGCAGCAGUUUUCUAAAGUUAUCUCAUGAACACGAUCACGACUCAGUUGUACUAGGUUAGAGCGACCAAAAUUAGUAUGCCCAAGAUCCGCAGCAAAGGCACUGUCCAGGCCGUGUUAUUUCGUGAAAUAGGCAUCAGCAAAUCGCCUUAUAGGUUCACUUUGAAGAUAUUACGACAGCUCGUAUGUGACAAACGCUCGACGUUCACCAAGAUCUGGGAGACGCAUUCGAAAUCUCCAAUCGCUUUCGAAGAUGGUCAUAUUUACCUGGACAACUACAGAACCUGCUUGGCGUUGUGUGGAAUCAACUCCCUGCCAAGCCCACUUUACAAACUCCCACAAGAGCCAAAAAGCAAAAAAAUCGAGGAUGCCUUGAUCUACAUAGGCCCCCUGAAUCGGCUCCCACCCACCGCCAAGGACUGCAGGGCCCGGUUCCUGUCGCUCACGGCAGACAACUGGGUCUACUGCCAGGACAAGAUGAAUGGCCAGGUGCAUCAGGAGAUCUACCUCGGCUCUCCGAACCGCUACAAGUUCAAGCACAUCGACUGGGAGACCCACGGAGAAACCAUCAUCCUCCAGUCGCUGCACCACCAUCCACAUCGCAAUAUUGCCAACUCCAGGAGCAAACCAAGAGUACUGAUCACCAUUGCAGUCUUCAGCGUGUUCCCUGUCCAGUUCAAAGGCAUGCUAGAGAUUGAUCGGGCGAUUUUUGGGAAGGAAUGCAAUCAUGCCAAUGUGUCUGAGGGCCUGCUCAUUGUUGGUACUGGCAGUACCCUAACUGGGACUGUGAGGCUUUACAACUUCAGGGAUAUCCUUGAGCAGGCAUGCAUGUUUCGUGCAAACCUUUACGAAGCUUGCAGUGAUCUCGACGGUGCUAAGGUGGGAACCUACCCGGCAGGCCUUCCGCUCAACUGCAGGCUCAAUGAGCCACCGCCUGUCUUGUUUGAGGUGAAGUGCUCAGAGUUCAUGCUGCAUUUUGGCUGCUACCCCUGGCACUACAUAUCUAGUCCACCGUCCAGGGAAGGAGUUUUUCAAAUAAAGUCAGUUGAAUCGGACGAACUGGCCGAAAAUGGAUUCUUGGACUUCCCAAACCUGAGCACGGAGCCGGACUCUAUCGCAUUUCAUCCGGACGACUCUGGUCGCAUCGUCUACAACUCUUCGCAUUUCAUCAAGGUGUUUCGUCUGGUGACCAACAUGAAGAACAAGCCGUCGCUGAAGGAGUGCUUUGAGAUCACCUUCCGAGAGAGCCUGGCAAAGGUUCAUCAGGAGGCAAGCGUGGACAAGCCAUUGCCUCGCAAGUGCAAGUCCAUCUUCGACAUCUACAACACACAGUGUGUUGAGAAAAGCCUGCUUUCCGAUGACUACGAGAACGAGCUGGAGCUGUACAGCGUCCUGGGCUUCAACCCUGUGGACGAGAGCUGCACGGGGAAGGUGGGCAUCUACGACAAUGACACGGGCGAGCAGAUCAAGUGCUUCGAGCUUGGCAUGAGCCUCGACGAGCUGUGCGACUACACCCUGACUUUGGACCUGGACAACCUGGUCGUCCUGGCGAAGGACGAACGCCGCAACUUCUCUUGUUUCCUCUACCGCCUCCACUUCCCGGGAAAAAUGAAUAACCGUCGUUCGAAGCGCCAGCCGCGCAUCAGUGUGGGCUUGCGCCGUUCUCUGCGGAAUCAGAACUGCGAUGCGAGUUCCAGUGGCAGUGGCAGGAGGAGGAACGAGAACAACAACCACCACGGCUUUGCAAUGCCACCUCCUCCGUGCGACAGGGUCUUUCAAACAAAGCGCUGAACUCGGGGGGUGGUGCCACCAAUUGACACUGCGGCACGGGCGUUUUGUGAUUUGCUUGAGUUCCAGUCGAGUUCCUUUUGAAGUUUGGGCCAGUUGUUGUGGAGGCCUCGAUUCACAAAGUGAGUUGAGGCAACAUAUUUUUUGUGUGUGUGCACGCGUGUGUGUGUGCGCCACACAUGUGUAUGCUACACGUGUGUAUUCAUAUAUAUUAGCUUUGAGCUUGUUUCUCGUAUGAUAAUAUGUGUACAUGAUGUCUCGUUAAUACCCCUCUGUAUAGACCAAAAUAUUGGAGGCAAACUGGCAAAAAAUGUGCAUAUUUGUCUCGUUAGUAUGGGCAACUCACAUUAUGAAAAAAGUUUGGAGGGAAACAGAGGUGUCUAUAUUAACGACUGUAGAUGUUAACGAGACAUGAAAGUGAUCUACAGCUUGCAAAGACCACUUUGCAAGCUUCAGACCACAGAACAGCAGGGAAGAAAAAGACUAUUCUCGUUGGCCAGUCCUUGCUGCUGUGAGAGCAUUUACCAGGUUGGUUGUUGCUUGCUGUAACUUCUGUUUUUCUGAUGAAAAAAAAAUUAGAUCAGGAAAGUAUACUUUUUUUUCUCUAGAACUUUUCUAGCUUUGUUGAGGAUAACGAGUAUGCAAAGAAGGUGGAUGUGAUUAAAGUUUUGAGUUGCUACACGAGUCUGAAAAAGACAGAUGUUGUGCAGUUUGCUAAACCAGUAUGUAUGGCAGCAUAAUUUGACUUUUGUCAGCAGUGCAACUUUGUAUGAUACGAGGUUACCAAGUGUUUUUAUUUUCAACAUUUGUCAGUUACCUAUUGUAUGCUUGUCACCUUUUACUUUCUAAAGAGGGAUGAAUUUCAUGCUACAUUUCGUUACUUUUAUAACCUGUAAUCCAGUUGUGGGAAGUGUUUGUUUUAUAAUUCUGAAGGUAAAAUGUCUAUGUUUAAUAUUGGAAAACCUUUGCCGAUCCAUUUGAUUGUGCAUCCCUUAGUCAAUUAUUUUGAACAGGCCCCUUUGCAUUUUUGAUACCGGAAAAACAUUCACCAUUUUAUUUGAUUGCACGUCCAUCCAUUAGUCACAUAUUUCAAACGGGUUCCUUUAUUUUGUAGUCGUCCUUGAAAUUUCUGUUGAGGCUGAUUUGCUGAGCUAUUGUCCAAGGUACUGUGGAAAUCUCGUUUAUGGCAAUUAUGAUUUUUAAAACUUGAACUAGCUGGAAUGUGUCUCAGUACAACUGAAAGUUUAAUCCUUCAAGCAAACAGAGAAAAGGAGGACGAUUGUUGCCUGCAAGUGUUGUCUUCAGUCAAGUCAACAGCUACAGGUUACUGCUUUUCCUGCAUUUGCGACUGUAGAAAAAUAGGCGGCGAUUAAAAUCACUUUUUUUGAAAAA